AUGGCUGAAAGGAGAAGGAAUUUUGCCAGCUUGGGCCGCGGACGGGGGGCAGCUGCCGCCAUCCUCAGCUUGGGCAACGUGCUCAACUACCUGGACAGGUACACCGUGGCAGGCGUCCUUCUGGACAUCCAGGAGCACUUUGGGGUCAAGGACCGAGGCGCCGGCUUGCUGCAGUCAGUGUUCAUCUGCACCUUCAUGGUGGCCGCCCCCGUCUUCGGCUACCUGGGCGACCGCUUCAACAGGAAGGUGAUUCUCAGCUGUGGCAUCUUCUUCUGGUCGGCCGUCACCUUCUCCAGCUCCUUCAUCCCUCAGCAGCACUUCUGGCUGCUGGUCCUGUCCCGGGGCCUGGUGGGCAUCGGUGAGGCCAGCUACUCCACCAUCGCCCCCACCAUCAUCGGCGACCUGUUCACCAAGAACACACGCACCCUCAUGCUGUCCGUCUUCUACUUUGCCAUCCCGCUGGGCAGUGGCCUGGGCUACAUCACAGGCUCCAGCGUCAAGCAGGCGGCCGGAGACUGGCACUGGGCCCUGCGGGUGUCCCCCAUCGUGGGCAUGAUCACAGGCACGCUCAUCCUCGUCCUGGUCCCGGCCACCAAGAGAGGCCACGCCGACCAGCUCGGGGGCCAGCUCAAGGUGCACAGCUCGUGGCUACGGGACAUGAAGGCCCUGAUCCGCAACCGCAGCUACGUCUUCUCCUCCCUGGCCACGUCGGCCGUGUCCUUCGCCACAGGGGCCCUGGGCAUGUGGAUCCCACUGUACCUGCACCGUGCCCAGGUCGUGCAGAAGACGGCGGACACGUGCAGCAGCCCGCCCUGCGGGGCCAAGGACAGCCUCAUCUUUGGGGCCAUCACCUGCUUUACCGGCUUUCUGGGUGUGGUCACGGGGGCCGGAGCCACGCGCUGGUGCCGCCUGCGGACGCAGCGGGCCGACCCGCUGGUGUGCGCCGUGGGCAUGCUGGGCUCAGCCAUCUUCAUCUGCCUCAUCUUCGUGGCUGCCAAGAGCAGCAUCGUGGGCGCCUACAUCUGCAUCUUUGUUGGGGAGACGCUGCUCUUUUCAAACUGGGCCAUCACUGCGGACAUCCUCAUGUACGUGGUCAUCCCGACGAGACGAGCCACAGCCGUCGCCCUGCAAAGCUUCACCUCCCACCUGCUAGGGGACGCCGGGAGUCCCUACCUCAUCGGCUUUAUCUCGGACCUGAUCCGCCAGAGCACCAAGGACUCCCCGCUCUGGGAGUUCCUGAGCCUGGGUUAUGCACUCAUGCUCUGCCCCUUCGUGGUGGUCCUGGGCGGUGUGUUCUUCCUGGCCACGGCCCUCUCCUUCCUCAGCGACCGCGCCAAGGCCGAGCAGCAGGCUCUCCCACCUUCCCCUGGGGCUGACGAGGUCCCUGCCCGGCACGUCCGGCCAGCCGGCCCCCGAGAUGCGAUGUGCCAGAGCAGUGCCCGGGCCCGGCCGCCGCUGAUCCACCACCUUGACCCCCGCCCGUCUCUCCCCCAGGGUGAACCAGCUGGUGAUGCGGCCUGCAUCCGUCAAAGUCUGAGGCCGUGCCUCUGGGACCGCGAAGAGCCCUCACUGUCAGCCUACUUGGGAGGCGUCCCAUGGCAUCCCGGCCCCGCUGGGCAGUCUCGAAGCUUUCUGUGUGACCCGAGGCUGGGCACCCACCCUCUCUGGUCUGGGGCUGUGGAGUGGCCAUGGCUCCAAGAGGCUGUGUCGUCAACUAGCCUGGAAGGCUGUGUCUGGGGGAGCUGUGCGGCUGGACAGACUCCCAGCCCCAGGGCCAGGCUGCAGACCCCCUGGGGCCCGGGACGAGGACAGCCCCCACUGGGUAUGUGGGGAGAGCCUGGCCUGUCCCCACCUUACGGGGUCCCAGGCAAGCCUCUGCCCUCCCCAGAGCGUGGGGCCAGGCGGCUGGACUUCCCCACAUGGCAGCACUGAAAACCCGGCGAUUCCUGGACUACAGGGAGGAGGUGGUCCAGGCCUCAGGGCAGUACUUUAGGCUCUGGGAUGUGGCGACGACAACGACCUCGGGGAUGAUGGACUCAACUCGGCAGAGCCAGGGGCCCGUGGCUGGGCGGCGCUUCCCAGAGGAUGCUGGUCUCUGCUGCCUGGCUGGCUCUCUGCCUGCAGGUCCCCCCUCACCCCAGUGGGGCUAUCCGCUGGGGAGCUGGCAUCUCCAGGGGUGAAAGCCCUGGCGGCAGCUGCACCCCACCUGUGCCCCCAGACCUGAGCUCUGGGGGCCGCCCGCCUCCACGCCCCCCACCCCAGCAGCCUGGCACAGACUCCUGCCCCCAAGCCGGGCCCUUUCCAGAGGCAGGGUCCAGGGGACUCUUCCCGGAACCCGCAGGGCAGGAGCCAGGGCUCCGGCUGCCAGAGGAAGCAGCCACCCUGCGAGGCUUCCUGUCCCUGAGAAGGGCCCGGAGAUCGAGGCCCGCACCCCACGCCGGCUGCCGAGGCGCUUGGGGCCCUUCCCCAGCCUGCCGGCCCCACACCGCCGUCCACACAUACCUGACCCCAGCCCCCCGGGCGGAGCUCACCCUAUCCCUGCUCCACACGCGCUCCCCGCACACUGGCUGGAAUCAAGGUGGCCGCAGGGGACCCCGCAAGCCGGCCCAGACGACGCUCUGCCCUGUAGUUAGCUGGCGUGGCUUCAGCGUGUGCGAGCCAGCGGAACAGCCACUCCUCACCAAGCUCUGGGGCACCUGCGAGGGGGUGGGACCCGCAAGACCACCCUGGCCUCCACGGGGGCCCCAGCGAUGUUUUCUUGUUGUACAAGAACCAGGUCCGAGUGUUGCCUCCUCUUCCUUCCGGAAGCCAAACUGCUCCUUUAUUUUUUAGAGCUGCUGAUUGUGAAUCUCAGAGUCUUAAGAGAGAAGCCAAAUAUGUUCCUCUUGUAAAUGAAGGAAUAAACCUAUUUAAAGGAC